UGUUUUGAUAACCCCCACAACUUUUAAAUCGACUCGUCCAUGUUCAUGUAGGCUGUCUGCAAAGUAAUGUUGAUAGUUGGUGCAUUGGAAUCGAACUUGAGACGAUGUCAGACGUUGCACCAAAGUCCCAAAGAAAAUCACAGAUCGAGGAAGCACAACUUGCUAAUGUUGUCUUGAGGUAUUUCAAGCUCGCCGGAGUUGCAGUGGGGGUUUGGUUGUCGGGCUACCUCAACUUCAGCCCCAGUUGGAUUCUCUUUGGAUUGAUCUUGUAUGUGUGGAAAGAACGACAGGGACAGCGGAAAAAGCUGCAGAUCGAGAUUCGUCAGGACACUGCAAGGGAUGAGCAAAAGGCCAUUUUAGCAAGAGUUGAGGAUUUACCAUCUUGGGUUCAUUUUCCUGAGGUUGAAAGAGCAGAAUGGUUCAACAAGAUUUUGGACCAGAUUUGGCCGUUCAUUGGGGGUUAUGUCAAGGAGCUCCUCACCAACUCCAUCCAACCCAAGAUACAGGCCAGCCACGCUCAGAUGGCUUCCUUUGUAUUCACAAAGAUAGACCUGGGCGAUAUUCCCCCACGUAUUGGAGGUGUCAAAGUGUACACAAAGAACGUCAGGAGAGAUGAGAUCUACAUGGACCUGGACAUCAUAUACAGCAGUGACUGCGAUCUGAUGGUGAAACUGAAAGGAAUGAACAUGGGUAUAAAAGACUUACAGAUCCGAGGCACCAUGAGGGUGAUCCUGAAGCCAUUGAUCAGCAGAAUGCCCUUGUUUGGAGGCCUCAGUGUCUUCUUUCUCAAUAAUCCAUCCAUAGACUUCAAUCUGAAAGGAAUAGCGGAUGCAUUUGAUCUACCAGGCCUCAGAGAGAUGGUGGAAGACAUUAUUGCCGAGCAGAUAGCCAACAUCAUGGUUCUCCCCAACAGAAUUGCCGUCCCGAUGAUUGAGGGGCUGAACCUGUCCCUCCUCAAGUACCCACCUCCUGAGGGUGUAUUAAGAAUUUACAUGAUAGAGGCCAGGAACCUGGUAUCUGCUGAUGUAGCUUUGAUGGGCAAAGGAAAAUCCGAUCCUUAUGCUGUGCUGAAAUUUGGCCCAGAGAAGUUCAAAACCAAAGUGAUUAACAACUCAGUGAACCCUGAGUGGAAUGAGGUGUUUGAGACCAUUAUUGACUGUAAAGAUGCCCAAGUGAUUGACCUUGAGAUCAGGGACGAGGACCCGGGCAGUAAAGACGACAAGAUCGGGACGGCAGCUAUUGACAUAUCCAGCUCAGCAAGCAAGGGAACUUUGGAUACUUGGCUGCCUCUGGAGAAUGUUAAGAAAGGAGAUGUCCACAUCAAACUGGUCUGGAUGUACCUGGCCAAUGACCCCAUGGUCCUGGAGAAGACGAUGAAACAGGUAGAUACCUCCACGGAACUUGCCACAUGUGUCUUGAUGGUCAACUUAGACUCUGCCAAAGACUUGCCUAGAAUGAGGAAGCAGAUAGCUGAGCCAAGCCCCUAUGUUGUGCUCUCUCUUGGACCAAAGAUGUUUGAGACAGAGGAGAAACCUAACACAGACAGUCCGGUGUGGGAGAAACCAUUCAGAUUCCUGGUCCACAACCCCCAGAUACAGAAACUAGACUUACAGAUUUUGGACAAGAAGAAUCCUAAGGAAUCUCUGGGUGACCUGACAAUUCCUCUCAAGUCUUUGUUAUCUGCCCCUGAUAUGACUCUGGACCAAAACUUUUCUCUGAAGAACUCAGGACUGGACAGCAAAAUUAACAUGAGAUUAUGUCUGAGGAUUUUGACGACAGAAAACAACCCAGCCUGGAGGAGUGAGGGUACCAUCCUGAAUACCAACUCCAGCAGUGUGGACCCCCCUGCUGCUCAGAAGGAAGGUACAACAUCACCAGACUCCGCCCAAAAAUCUAAAGUAGAGCCGGCCAAAACCACUGCCAGUGGAGUGGAUCCGGUCAUUAAGAAGGUGGAAGUGACCCAGAUAAACGCGGCUAAGCCUGAGGGUCAGGUGAUCCCCCCAGCCAGCAGUGGGGGUCCAAACACCGUCACCAGCACCGAGGUCAGACAGAGGAAAACGAAGUCCUCCCCAGUCCCUGCAGAAUCUGAUGCUAAAGGAGCCUUUGGAAGAGGGAGAAUUCAGUUGACUUUCCGUUACAGCGCCCAGCGGCAGAAACUGGUGGUGGUGGUACACAAGUGUCAGAACCUCCUCCCGUGUGACAGUGACAAUCUAGCCGACCCCUACGUCAAAAUGUACCUCCUGCCAGACAAGUCCAGCAGUGGCAAGAGGAAGACCCAGGUUGUCAAAAACAACCUCGACCCUGUCUUUGAUGAAACGUUUGAGUUCUCCCUGAAGCAGGAAGAGAUAGCUGACCGGGACCUGGAGUUGACCAUCAGAAAUGACACCAAGUUUUUCUCCUCCAACAUCAAGGUGAUGGGGGUGGUCACCAUCGAUUUGUCCAAGAUGGACAUCUCCAAAGCUGCCACCGAGUGGUUUGACCUUCACCCAGAGGACAGUGACGAUGCUGAGAAGCCUGUGUCUGUGGAAUCUGAUGUGUGAGUGACAGCCAUUAGCAGCGGACUCCAAGAUCUGACUCUUAUCUGUGGGUUGUUGUUUCUCCAUUAUACAGGAGAUGAACAGUGAUUAAACAUUAGUGUAUCAUUAGACCUUGGUAUGUAAAAUAGACAAGUUAUUUAAUACACAUUGCUAUUAAGCAUAUACAUGUAUUUUAUUCUUUAUUUGGGAAUGGUUUAUGAACGAUAGACGAUGUAUUAUGUUUAUGGUUUAUGUAUCUUUGAUUUUAGGGAGUUUUUAGAAUGAAGAAAUUACACAUGUAUGCCUUACCAAAUAUCCUUUGUAGAAUAUGAACUUGUCUCUAGAUAUUUAACAAAAUGAUACCAGAUUUUGUGAAUCAAAACGGAGGAAGAGAUGUUUUGGUCUCUCAGUAUCCACUCCCUUUGUUAUCUGCACAUAAUUCAUGCCCAUGAUACUUUAGUUUUAAUAGGCUGGAAUAAAGUGUUAACUUGAAACAUUCAGUUUUAAUCCUUAGGAAACUAGACAGUGCUUUAAAUACUUCUUUAUGUCUAUAAUAAUUUGUCUUAAAGUGCCAGGGGAAAAAGGCAAAAAUAUUUGCCUUUUGAGAUUGAUAUUAUGAUUUUAAACACUGAACAAUGUGAUACUUUGUGACUUUAUUAGUGAGGAAUGUAGUGUUUACAUGACCUAUAUGUACAGUCUACAUGUUUAUGAUUAUUAUUUGAUUUUGUUUUGUUUUCCCGGAGAUUUCUAUGUAAUUUUACAAAUUUUGUUAUUCUUGAAUUAAGUCAUAUAAAGUAUAUUCUUUAACGUUUACUUUUAUUUUGUGUAAGUUUUAUAUUACACAAUAUGUGUAACUUCAUAUUUUGUUUGAUUUCUGUUUAUUUCAUUGAUGGCCAUUUAUAAAGAUUUCACGUUUUAUUCUUUUUGCAUUUCCAAAGUUUUUUUUUUCUUCUGAUGUUUUUGUACAUGUAAACUGUUCAUAAGAAGUGCAAAGGAACAUGUGAUAUUAAAAAACCAGUUUAUUCUGUUUCCACCCAACAAAUUGUUUGUUAUUUAUAGUAUAUGGAGUGUUAUCUUGUGUAAAUAAAAAUAUAUUUACAUCUGUAUAGAUACAUUUUUGUGAUGCUGAAAGGAAACAAUUGCUUUAUAUUUGAUUGUGCAAUAGAUUUUAGCAGACAUCAUUUGUCAGUUUAAAGUACUGGUAAUUUAAUUAGUUAGUAAAUACAUUAUCCUCUGAACAAAAUUGCAGCAAUAUGAGAGUGAAUUUAGUUUAAUUUAUGUGUUUUUACCUCCUUUAAAUUGAUGUAUAGUAGAAAUUUCAAGCUCAACUCUGAUGUGAUGACUUCAAUACUCAGCUGCUCUACCUUCCAAUGAACAAAGAGAAUAUUUUUAUGGAUAUUUUGUGAUUUUUUUUUAAUUUGUGAAAAAUUAUGAAUCUGUCUAAUAGGAAUAUUAUUUAGUUUAAAGUUAUAAAAAUUGCCAUGGCUGUCAGGAAUAAAUAGGAUCAAACUCCA